AUGACCUACGAUAAACCUACCAAGUCUUUCACUCUGCGAACUCACCAACCUGGUGACAUGGACUACAUCACUCACCGCCAUGGAGCAAUCUACGCAAAAGAAUACAACUUCGACUACCGCUUCGAAUCCCUCAUCUCAAGAAUCACAGCCGACUUUCUCGACAACUUCAACCCAGCCCUCGAACGCUGCUGGAUUGCCGAAAAAGACGGUGAAUUCCUUGGCUCGAUCAUGCUUGUUCAGGACAAGAAGCCCAAGACGGCCAAACUGAGACUAUUGCUGGUGGAAGAGAGCGCUAGAGGUCUUGGAGUCGGGACGGCGUUGAUACAAGCGUGUAUUGAUUUUGCCAGGGAGGUCGGAUACGAGGGUAUUGAUCUUUGGACACAGAGCAAGCUGGAGGGGGCAAGGAGAUUAUAUGCUAAGGCGGGAUUUGAGAUGGUUGAGACACAAGCUCAUUGUGAUUGGGGAGUUGAUGUGAUGGGGGAAUUUUGGACCAUGAAGUUGUGA